GCGGCACAAUAUUUAUAUUACCAAAGUAAAUAGUGCAGAAAUGCAAACAUAAUGAAAUAACAUAAUCAAACUGCUUAAUAUAGCAAGAAUUCAAAUGUUAUCUCUACUUUGCUUCUGGUUUGAAUGGAAAAACAUCAAUUGAAUAUCUCACUAUAGUGAGAAGGUCCGAAGCAUUUGGCUGCAUCUGUCGGUAUGUUUAAGUUUGAAGUUUGUUUGAUGUCUAUUCGAUAUCUGUGAUUUUGUUACUUGGAUGACAGCAUCAUGUAGAUCGGGAAUGUGUGUGAAAUUCUUGUAGUCAGAAUAGAAAAAAAACAGUGCGAACUGUGCAAGUAGCUUUUAUUGUAAUGGAAUUAAUAAUGGAUUAGCGAUGCUACUCAGGGAACAAGAAAUAAUGUGUAGCUAUGUGGUAAAGUAAACACAAACUCUACAGUGAAGGAAUCAGUAUUAUAACAAAGGCAAAUACAUUACGCACAAUUUUUGAGGCUCGUGUUUAGAAAGCAACUUCUGAUAAGUACGAAAGUUCGUACAAUAACUCAGUGUCUAGCAGUCUUGGAUAUUGGUUAUAAGCGAAUCGUAUCGGCCUGCAUAAUGUCGAACCAAAUGCAUACCCAGAAUACAGACGCAGCGCUACUCGCUAGAAUGCACCAGAUGCGGUUGGAUGGAGAGAGUGGUGGUGGUGGUAGUGGAAGCGGAGGAAAAAUGAUCGGUUCCCUACCUCGAACAAAUCAUCCCAGUGGGAGCGGUGGACAAGAUCCAAAUACAGACAACAAUACUUACGGCACGGUGACUUCAACUGCAUCGGCCGUCCAUGGCAUGGGAACGAUUCCCGGGAGCAAUGGUGCAACGGUGGCCGCUUCUAUGGCUACGAUGGUGAACAUGAAUGACUACCGAAUGUACGAUCGGUACCAGAAUCAGAUGCUCGCAGCGGCUGCAGCUGGGAGCAAGUUUCCCGUGCAGCAGAGUAACAGUGCGCAUGCUACUGUCUCGGCAGCAUCUGCUACGGCUGGAAUGGUUGGUGGAGGAGGCAAUAGUGUCAGUUCCAGUGGUGGCAGUUAUCAGUACAGGGUCAACAACAGCCCCACCCAUUCGAUGAGUAACUCAUCCCAUCACUCUGCCAGCGGUAGUGGCGGUGGCGGAGGUACCAUUCCCAGGACAAGCAAUUCCUUGGCAGGAUCGGUGCAACCGCAACAUUAUUACGAUUCGCGUUAUCAAACGGUAUACGAGAACAUUGACUGCUAUCCUACAGCAUCGCAACAACAACAACAGCAACAAUCUAUGGAUGCACACUUGUACGACCAUCGAAAGUUUGAAUCGCACAACAUUAAGGCACAACCUCAGGUUCCGGUUGGUUCUGCUGGCCAGUCUUAUAUUUUAUCGAACGGUGUUGUUAUGCCAGGACGUGAGCAUCCAGGAAUGAUGAACGUCGCUGGCCGAUACGCGCACACUCCGCAACCUCCAGAGUUGACGGUUGCAGAACAACCUCCGAUUUACGAGAAUCUACAGUCACCACCAUCGGCGGGACAACAGGCACAACCGCAGGCAACCAAAGGAUCCAUGCAGGUUUAUUAUCAUCAGCGUUCGGACGGCACAACUCCAAGCCCCAAUGCGAUGCCACACCAGCAGCAGCCUCAGCAACAGUAUCAUAACCCUGCGGACCACCAAUCCCAGCCUAUCUAUGAAACAACGAACGUAAGUUCGCAAAGUUACAGAACAAGUGGCAACACAGCCACGGCUGCAGGACCUAUGCACUCUACUGCACCUACAAUGUAUCACCAUCAUCAUCAGCAACAGCAGCAGCAGCAGCAACAACAACAACAACAGUACCAUCACUCGCCGACCAAUAGCAGCAUUUCGGUGAAAAUUGCUCAACAACCACAACCGGUACAGCUACCGAAUGUGAAAUAUCACGCGACUGGUGUACCUGCAUCCGCUGCAUUGCCCUACGACCACCAGAAAUCGCCCAAACUUGGUUCUGCAAAUGCACCAUCACUGCCACCCAAAUCAUCGGAUGCGCUAAAAACUCAGCAAAAAAACAACAAGUCUCCCUCUCGCAGCAGCUCCAUCUCUGGUUCGAGCUCACUAAACAAAAGUUUCGUCGAGGAUAUCAAUGGAUCGGAUUAUGUGUGUAUGACAAGCGGAACCAAAUACAAUAACUCUGGCAACAACACUUUGCAGUCGAUGAAGGCAAGCCCACUAACAUCACCGCCUGGCACAACGACACAGAUUGGUGGUUCCAGUGGUUCCACAACGGCAGCCAUGCCCGUUCAGGUGGGCCAGGAACGCCAGUACGCAACGCUGCAGGAGAUGGAAAUAGCAAAGAAUCAACUAUCGAACAGUCAACCGAAAGGAGGUACAACACUCGCCCAUAACAACACCCUUGGCAACAAAUUGGCGACGAAUGGCAGCUCUACGAUUGCGAGUGGAAACGUUACAAUGGGCAUGGGCUUACGAGGCGCCGUUUCUCCGACACCAUCGCAACUGAGUACGGGAUCCGGGUCGGGAAAACCAAAGGGAUUGACCAAAAAUCUGCUCCCGUACAACGUCACUCCGCCUAGGCCGACAGGGCCGACCGAGGCUGAACGUAAGAUUGAAGAACUGACACGCCAGCUAGAAGAGGAGAUGGAGAAGAAUGAGGAACAAGGAGAAUAUUUCGGCAUUUGUCACACCUGCAAGGAAAAAGUAACCGGCGCCGGUGCAGCUUGCCAAGCAAUGGGAAACCUUUACCAUACUAAUUGUUUUAUCUGCUGCUCGUGCGGGCGUGCCCUCCGUGGAAAAGCAUUCUACAAUGUGCACGGGCGCGUGUACUGCGAGGAAGAUUACAUGUACUCUGGAUUUCAGCAAACGGCUGAGAAAUGUGCAAUAUGUGGACAUUUGAUCAUGGAGAUGAUCCUUCAAGCGAUGGGCAAAUCUUACCACCCGGGAUGCUUCAGAUGUUGCGUUUGUAACGAGUGUCUCGACGGUGUGCCCUUCACAGUAGACGUGGACAAUAAGAUUUAUUGUGUGAACGAUUAUCAUAGCAUGUUUGCACCGAAAUGUGCGAGCUGUGGCAAAGGCAUCACACCGAUGGAGGGAACAGAGGACACUGUACGUGUUGUGGCGAUGGAUAAGGAUUUCCACGUGGAUUGCUAUAUUUGCGAGGAGUGCGGUAUGCAAUUGACCGAUGAGUCCGAUAAACGAUGCUACCCUUACGAAGGUAGACUUAUGUGUCGUUCUUGCCAUAUACAGAAGAUAUCGAUACAAGAUAGGCGCGGGCGCAUUCUUGAGCCCGUAUCUGCAACUUAUCAAUACAUGGGUUAAUGGUGAAGGGAGCCAUCAAUUGCAAAGCAAAGAUAGUUUUUCAGAUCAAUAGAUUAUUGAUUUCAGCAAUCGAUAUUUACAUGAUUUUGCUGGUACAGGAAAAUGCUGGUAUAUUCCUGGCACUAUGCACUAACAUUCUUAGCUCGGUUAGCUGAUUGGCUAUGCGCGUUGCAUUCGAUUGCAAUCCAUGCGCGAAAAUGGUGUCAAACAUUAAUCGUUACUCAUUGCUUUUUUAGUGUACACACAGACAUUUGCUACUCGUUCGUGUUCAAUAGUAGUACGUUCCGCAGUAUAAACAUAUUGGCAGAUCAGAGCCUGUAAAAUGGUGAAAUCCACCACGCAUUCACAAACUCUCGUUUGUGAGGAUAUUAUGAGAUACACGCAGUUGUAACGAUCGUGCAUCGGAGCUAGUAUAAAACAGUAACAUUCCGUUUAAUGUUUAUGGGCGUAUUUAAAGAAUGGCAUAAGAAAAUAAUGGAAACAGUGAUCACACCGACGAUGUAAAUGCGUGAAGAACGAAGCGUAUAGAAUGGGAAUUACUGCAAUAGUUGCAUGAAUUGCAUUUACUUUGGCCUCAUCAAAUUUGCCAACGCGCGAUCUAGAAUAAUAAAGAUAAAGCAUAUUUGCUAUCUUCAUAAAA